AUGAAUCGCCGCUGGGCGCCCUACCAUGGGCUGCAACGCGGCGACCAGAAUCUGGGCAACCUAUGCCAGCAACACCCAGGUGUUCCCGGAUCGCCGUUCAACCAUGGCGGCCGACUUAUAUCGGAAGAAGUUGUGUCGGUGCCACCAUCUCUGAUAUUCAGCGAUACUCAUCCGACCAUGAAGACCAUGCCCUCCCGAGGCAAAGCUAGCAAGGUUAUAAAGACGGGCACCGCUCCUCGUCGUGGCAGUCGAUAUUCACCACUACCAAGUACAGCUCACGACCAUCUUGAAGCUUUGGUGCACCACGCUUCCAACGAUGGUUUCGCCAGGGAUGCCGCAAAUCUAGGUCACUCAUCCAUGGCUGAUUCGAGCAGCCAUUUGGGUGAUUCUGUACAACUUUCUGAUACGGGUGUGCUCAGUAACACUGCGGGUUCUAUUUCCAGCCUUCAGCAGGCGUUGGAAGCCGACGAAGGGCUGCAAUUGGACCAACAUCAUUUCUCAGACAGUCUUCAUACUCCCUCGCCAGGUCCAACUGAGAGUGCAAGUGUAUCUGAAAGAAGUAAUUGCUGUCCGCCAAGCCGAACCGCGGCUGAUGUGGCAAUGGAGGCAUACGGCGAUAAUCUGAGAAUUGACAGCGCCCUCUGUAAGAAACUUGCGGGAGAGGCAGCACGUCGAGAGCCAACACAGCGACGGAGCGACCAAAAGCUAAACAUUGAAAGGCGUAGCAACGUCGAGGCUUUGUUGGCCCACGUCACCGGUGAAGUAGCUGCUCGGCCAUGCAAAAAUUGUCACAAAGGUCAUGGCCCAUGGACACAAUGUGUCGUGUACGACGGCCAAAUGUGUGGCAGUUGUACUAACUGCUGGUUUAACGCGAGUGGUUCGAGGUGUACGUUUCAUGAGAACAAUAACCCUCAGCCACCUCACUUUGCUCCGUCUGCAGCCGGUCCUUCCUCCUCCCAGGUAGCGCAGCCUGUAGCGACAUACCAGCAACUCUCUACUGCGGCAACACCUCCCGUCACGUCAUUGCAAUCCGAUAUUCUUCAUUGGGCCUUGGCUGAUGAAACUAGGCAGUUUCUGAGCCAGACGAUGGGAGAUAUCGUCAGCUUGACAAGAAGAGGACGAUAUAUUGCCAGAAUCGAGGCCGCGGCCAAGGAAUUGGGCAUGCGUAUUGCAGAAUACGAUGAGUAUCUGCAAACUCCAGAAGGAAUCGCCGAGCAGCAAAGGCUGGAACAAGAUCAGCUCUCUCAAAGUCAGGCGGGAGACAUGCCUAUGGAUGAUAACUCGCCCGGCGGGCCAUUGACCUGA